AUGUCCAAAAGUCAGAGCGGUUGGUGGAGAAGAAUGCACACGGACGCAUCUAUUCUACGAGCGUUAACGCUUCUUGAUCAGUCAAGAUAUCUACAAGCCAUCGACAUUUUAGAUCGUGCUAUCAUUAUAUCCGGCGCUAUGGGUCGACUCGAUCUAAUUCAUGCUCUCAUGCAGGAUGUGCAGUCAGAGCUUGCUUCCCACAUUAGUGGGAGAGAUUUCCCAGCCCUUUCAUGCCGCCGCCUUACACACAAGCCGUUAUGCACUGCCUCUCUUGAUGUUCCCAGCUUAUCAUUUCUGCCCUCGUUAUCAUCUUUUCGAUCCCAACUUUCCUCGUCUCCCUUCAUUUUACGCGGUUAUGCAAGUGACUGGCCCGCUCUAACGAACCGUCCUUGGCGUUCUGUUGGGUAUCUUCGUAAUGUAGCAGGACCUGGACGCGUCGUUCCUGUAGAGGUAGGCAAAGACUAUCGGAACGACGACUGGACACAACAGAUAAUGCCCUGGGACGAAUUUCUGGCGUCACUUGAAUCUGAUGCUCCGGACAAAAUGUUAUACUUGGCUCAACAUAAUCUUUUCAUGCAAUUUCCUGACCUCCGAGCAGACAUCAUUGUGCCGGAUUAUGUCUAUUCCGCACCCUCUGCUCUCAACUACGUGCCUCCCGGAAAUGAUGAACAGUUAGUUCUGAACACUUGGCUCGGUCCUGGGGGCACCGUCUCUCCUGCUCAUACCGAUCCAUACUUCAAUUUCUAUGUACAGAUCGUGGGGAGUAAGACAGUGUGGCUGGCUUCUCCAGAGUGCUCAGGACACAUGUAUCCUGAAGAGACACCGUCUAUCAGCAACACGUCUUGUGUUGACGUUUUCACCACUCAGGAUGGUAGUCGUGAUUAUCCUGCUUUCUGGGAUGAGGUGGUCCCCAAGGCUAUGAGCGCCACGCUUCAAGCAGGGGACAUGCUAUUUUUCCCCCCAGGAUGGUGGCAUGCGAUGCAGGCGAACGAGACGAGCUUUUCCGUUUCCAUGUGGUUUUGA